UGUUGUAGACUGUCACUUGGUGGGGCUCUAUUGUCACUUGGUCUCCAGGAGAAGCAGAUCACGUGAUGCAAACAUUCAAGCUACAAUAAACUCACAAAGGAGCGAGCAGAGAGGGAGGAGGGAAGAUACAGUCACAGAAAGUAACUCUUUAAUCCCACUUACAGUGAUCCGCCAUCAUACGCUUAUGAGCAGUCAACAUUACCUGCUCUAAGUGGAGUCCACAUUACCGGGGACACAAGGAACACAGACGUCACCUGGAAGGCCACAGAAUGAGCCUGAGAGGGGUGUCCUUACCCAGUACUCCCGUUGUCACUUUGGGGAACUUUAACACUCCUAAAAGACGAUGCCAGAUUACUCCCUUGUGCCUUCCAGCGGUGCCCACUGCACCCGUAUCACAGUCAUCUAUGUUCCCCCAACGUCUAAAUCCCUUGCAUCCACCAGGGGUGAGGAGAAGAACAGUGAGUCUGGAGACUGUGGCCGCUCACCAGCACAACCAGCAGAGGGUUAUCAAUAUGCAGCAGAAAGAAUACAGCAGAUUUCACCAGGGCUGGAGGCGGCCAUUUUAUGGCACAGCAGUAGAGAAAGAAGAAUACAGGAGAGAGAUUAGACAACUGCUUAAGAAACAGAUGAGUGAAAAGUGGACCAUGGCCCGAGAGACGCUGGCCAGUCAAAGCAAGGAAUUAGAAACCUUAAAAGAAGCUGACCGAUUUGCUGUACUUCAAGACUUCGAGCAAGAAAGAGCAAAAGCCUUGUUUCUGAGGAGAUACCGAGAUGAGAACAAGAAGCUAAUGGAGGGCAAAUGGCAAGAAAACCGCCUGACUCGAUCCAUGGAGACAUUGAAGGAGAGAGAACUCCUGAAGUAUAACCCAAUAAACUGGAGUGGAACCCUUAAAUAAUAAUCUGGAUAUGCCCAGGAAAGGGACAUAAUAGCAGUGAACCCAUCAUCUACCAGACUAAUCCAACAAAGCAUCACAGAAUACAUCAGACCCAGUGCCAACUUGAAACAGCCAAAUACUUGAAGCAGGAGCAUAUAGCACUGCCCAUACUGUGUGACUAAAUUAAAGGUUUUCCAAGGAACAGCCUAGAUGUUUUUAGAAUAUGUAAACUAG